AUGACGAAAUUGUUUUUUAUUUAUGCAUUCGUGCUGCCUUUGCUAUCCUUUCUUUUUGUGAAGGGUGAAAAUGACAUCAGCAACACCUUUUUUAAAUUUGAGAAUUGCAAUUCUACAUCUACAUUUCCAAGUAUAGGGGAAAACGGGAUACCUCAGUAUGGUGCAGAGAAUGCCUUGACAAGAGGUUCAGGCUAUUGGUGUUCAGAAGGGAAACACAAUUCUAAUGAAAUUGUUUCAUGGAUAGGGCAUUUAAAAAAUGUCAGAUCAUUAAAUGGAAUUAUAAUCCAUUGGGCUUAUUCUCCAGGAGAAAUUUCUGUCUUAGCUAGCUACGAUGGAAAUGAUCCAUAUGAAGAGGUAGUUCCCUAUCAGGUCAUCGAUUCCCGAGGAGGAAAUGUCGUACAGAACAUCAUUUUCAACCAUGUGGUAAUGGCAAAAUCGAUAAAAUUAAACAUGAGACACCCGAUUCACGAAUAUUUUGGAAUUAAUUUUGUUAAUGUACUGGGAUCACGGGACCCAACUCUUAGGAUACAGAGUGGGAUGAGCAGCGUGGUUCAAGACUUAUGUUUACAAAUAGAUGAUACGAACGAGGUAGUACUGGACGGAUGUAUCACAUCCAUGUCUUACAUGGAUGGAAGAGACCUUUGGAAAUUGAAUGCAAAAAAUCAGAUAUACAACCCGAUUACUAAUUUAUGUAUAAGUUUAAAAGAUAACAUGACUGCUAAUGGAGGAAGAAUAAUAAUGGAAGACUGUAACGCAAGUAUAGAACAUAACGAUGGUCGUAGUAGUUGGCAGUUAUUACCAAAUAAUCAAUUAAAAAUGUUAAGAGAUGGUAAUUUCUGUUUAUCACAAGAUGGGUCUAAAUCAGGUAGUAUAGAUGUAGCAUUAAAUAAACAUACAACAUCUACAUUAUCAAAAGAAGAUAAGAAAUAUUCUACUGAUAAAGCUGUUGAUGGAAACUUAGAUACAUUUUGGUUAUCUCAGCCUUUCACUAUUGACACUGCACCAGAUUCUGUUUAUUUUAACAUCAAUUUAGGUAGUAUAUAUAAAUUACAAAAAUGUGUUAUUGAUUGGAGAUUUCCAGCUACUAAAUAUUCCAUAAUGAUUAGUAACGAUGGAAAAAACUUUAAAGAAAUUAGUAUUAAUUUAGCAAAUUUUUUAUCAAGUACAAUAAAUAAUUUACAUAAUUUAGAAGGGCAAUAUGUCAAGUUGAAAUUUAUGGCUCCAAAUCCAGAAUUUGCUCAAGAUCAAAAUUUAUUUUAUGGUAUUAAAAAACUUUCCAUAUAUACCAACAGGAUAAAAUCAGUUGUAGAUGAUUGUGACACGGUUAAAAAUUCUGAAGAUGCCAGAGAUAAAUACUUCUUUGAAUUUGUUUCGGAAAUAAAUAUGCAAGAAGGGAAAGAAUUGAAACGCCUAGAUGGAGAAUUACAGCAAUACGCAGAGAAAAUUCAAAAUGAAGCUUUAAAAAUACAGAAAUUAAAUCCUCAAUUAAAAAAAUGUAAAAGUGGAAAAGAAAAAAGACACAAUGAUAUAAUAAAUAUAAAAAAUAUUGUUCUUAAAAAUAUAUACGAUGUAAUUAAUGAGUCACAAAAAAUUAUAAAAAUAAACUCGUUGAACUCUAAUUAUUCUACUUCUACAAAAGAAAUCGGACAAACAUCUGAAAAUCCAGCAGAUGAUUGUUUUCAUUUAAAGAAAACUUUACCCAACUCUCCUUCCGGGUUUUACUAUGUUCUACCUUCAUGUUCUCAAAAUGUGUUAAGGGUAUACUGUGAUAUGAAAAUUGGUGCUACUUAUUACAUUCCAUCGGUAGAUACAAAUUUAAUUAGCAAAAUAAAGCAUGUAGAAAAUGUGUGUGCUAGUUAUGGUUUGAACCCUAUUCAUUUACAUAACGAGAGUCAAAUAUAUGAAUUAAAAAAACUGUUUCAAAUUAUGGAAAUAAACAUAGAAAAUCCAGUUCCUUUAGCAGUCAGAGGAAAAGGCACUAAAGAAGAAGAAUAUGAUGAUGAUGAAUUAUUUUUUUUUUCCUUAGAUUUUCAAGAAAAUGUUACUAAUAUUGUUUCAAAAUUUGGAACCCCAACAGGUAAUACAUUCGGCAUAGAUAAUCAAGGAGUAGUUUUUUUCGAUUCUUCAAAUUCAGAAAUGUCAGCUUUUGUCUGUUCGAAUAAUGUAAAUUCUAUCAAUUUAUCUGAACCAUUUUUGAACUUCAAUUGUCAAACGAGUUUAAAGGAAAGUAGUGAAAUUAAAAAACUUGUAGGAAAUGAAUACUUAAUUAAAUGCCCACAUGAUUGUUUAGAAAGAGAAAUAGAAGCAUCUGUUGUCGGGGGUGAAGGAAAUAUAUAUUCGGAUGAGAGUUCAAUUUGUUUAUCUGCUAUCCAUGCAGGUGUAUAUGAUAAACAUUAUUUGAUACACCUUAGAGUAGUAAAUGCAUUGGGACAAUAUGAAGGAGUUUUUCAAAAUGGAAUAAUUUCAGAAAGUUACAUAAAUGAAAAUCAAGAAGUAGCAUUCAAAUUGUUUAACAUACCACCUAAAUGCCCUGGGAAUAAUUCAGAUAUGGAAAAUUUUGUUUUUCUCGAAUCAGAUAAAUUUACAGAAGAUUUAGAUGAUAAAGAAAAUGUAUAUGUAGAUCCAUCUACUGCAGAUGCAAUAAAUGAUUUGGUAACAAUUGUUAAUAAACAAGUUGGAAGUACAGAUCCUUCCUUUCUAGCUUUAAUAAAUAAACAAGCUAUUCAAAUAAUUUCAAAUGCCAGAAGAUAUCUAAAACCUACUGAACUUUUUGAAAAAAAUAUGGAACUUUUGUCUGAUGAAACUUUAAAAGAUGUACAAAAAGUGUCUCACACAAUUAAAUUGUUAACAUCUAAAAUUACAUCUGAAGUGGAAAAAAGAAAGUACAAAUUAGAAGCAUUAAUAGAUGAAAGACUUAGGCAAAAAGAAUUCGAAUCGUGGAAAUUAAAUAGUGCAAUAACGAAAGAGGAUCUAUACAACGUUUUCGAAGUAAUAAAUUCUUUGCAAUUGCAACAAGGUGGGAAAUGGGAUAUAUUGGAUAAUCCAUUAAAUGAAGGUAUGACUGGAAAUACACUAACACAAAAUGCACGUGUUGUUAAUAUGAGUGGUCCUCAUGAUAGUAAUAGGAAUGACAAUGAAAUGGCUAGAUCACCUUUGAUGGAUAACCAAUUUAUUGGUAGUUACUCAUUUUUAAGAUAUAAGUCCUUUUAUGAUUUCAUAUUUUCAACUUAUGUGCACGUGAAGGGUACAGGUUCUGUUGGGAUAAUUUUCAGAGCAUAUGAUAAGUACAAUUAUUACAUGCUAGAAUUGAACAACAGUUUUAAUGGGUUUAAACGUUUACUGAAAUUUGAAAAUAAUGAAGCAACAGAAUUAGCCAUUAUUAAUGAAACUGGAUUUGAUGAAAAUAGUUGGUUUGCCCUUAAAAUAGAAUGUAUUGGAGCCAAGAUAAAAAUAAGUACUAUUAGAAGUAACGGACCUAUAUAUGAAUUACCUACCCCUGAUAUUGUAGUAAAUGAUGAUUUUAAUUCAGCUGGUACUGUGGGGUUCUAUACUUACGGAGUUGAUUCUGUCGAGUUUACAAAGCCUACUGUUGAAUCGGUGGAGUGCUUAUCAAGAGGAAGAACACAUAAAAACGUUUCUCCAUUGACUUGUAAUGUGUAUGAAGAAUUUUUCCUAGGUAAAUUUAACAAAUCCUAUGCUGUUUUUGAUCCAGAAAAUGCAGUAGAUGGACCAUCCAAAUGGAACUAUGCCACUAAUGUAGCAAAUGAGAAACAAGUAAUUUUACAGAAUUCGAAUAUGAAAGGAGAUAAAGAAAAUGAAAUUCCAUCUCUAACCAUUUUACAAGAAAAAAUAUGUCAAUCUGGAAUAUUCAAUUUUUCGAUAUAUCCUAAAUGUACUGACGGAAUUGUAGGUGCAGUAUUUAAAUUUUUAGAUUCCAAAAAUUAUACAUUAUUAGAAAUUGGGCCUAAUUUUACCCGUUUAAGACAAAAUUUAAAUGGAACAUUUCAUGUACUAGCCAAAUCAAUUGUAUCAGGAUAUAAACAAAAUACAUGGAAUAGAGUAACUAUAUCAUUUAGUUCAUCCAAUAUUAAUGUUAAUAUGGGUAGCGGUCUAAUGACAUAUCCUAUAUUUAGUUUAAUUGGCUUAGAUUUACAAGAAGGACAACAAAUCGGGUUCACUUCACACAAUUGUAAUCAUAUUGCCUUUAGCCAUAUUUUCCUACACCCUUUUGACUUUAAGCCUUAUAGUCCUACUCCUUCUAUUGGUACUGAAAGUAUGUUGCCAAUUUUUUCAACAAUGAAAAAAGAUACACUUGAAGGAUACACAAAAACACAAAACGAUGCUAGUUAUGAAAACGAGGAUGAUACCACAGCUAGCCAAAUUAACAAUGCAGAAAUUGAAAAACAUAAAUUUGAAGAUAAAGUAGAUAAUGAUGUAAAAAAGAAUAUCCACUUUUGUGCUACUCAUAAAGAUAUUAUUGACCGAAUGGCAUUUUGUGAUCAAUAUGAAAAGGAAAAUAAUUCUAACUGUACAAAUAAUUUUUGUAAUUUUUGCUGUGAAAAUAUUGAUUCAUCAGAUCAUGAAGAUACAGAAUCAUGUAUCGAGUUGUGCCAAGAGUUAGAUGAUAAAGUUAUUCAGACAUCGGAAAUUCUAAACCAUCUUAAAAAGUCUUGCGUUGAGUUUCCUAGUGAUAAAUUAAAACAGGAGUGUGAAAAGGAUGUCAAUCAAGAAGAGUGCCUUACAGACAUGUGUCAAAUGUGUUGUCAAUCAGUUCCUGUGCCGGAGAAACUCCUUACUAAUAAUGUUGAUAUGGGUUCCUUAAUCGACCAGUGCAUAUCCUUAUGUUGA